AUGCGGAACCCCGCCAACGCGAUCAUCUGCAAAUCCCAUAUCAACCGCCUGCGCAAGAAACGCCAAGUCAAGGCUAAGUUGAGCGCGCCACUGGAGCAAGUCUUCGUACGCGUCAAGCCCGAAUCGAAACUAGACAAAGUUCGCCAAGACCUUGCCGACGCUAUCAGCCGCGUCAAACGAAUCAAUCGCCACUUCGACGACGUUCUUAUCAAGGAGUUCGCGUCCACAGACCGACGGCAAAUUUCUAAUACCCGUUCCCUGCUGCAAACGCUCAACGUGCACCUUCACGAUUGCUCCAAUCUCGUCGACAAAAUCCUCUUAAAGGAUGUUAAAUUCUACCUUGAAGAGAAGAACCUGCCACUUAUCACAUCUCGUGGCUACAAUCUCCUCACGUAUCUCAAAAUCAAAGACGUCGCUGAGGUUGUCGAAGGCACCACGCCUCCAACUCAUGCCGACUAUUACGCCAAGAAUCGCCUUGACCGAGCGAUUAUCCUCUCUGACCUUGACGAUGUCCACGUCCGCAUGGUCUUCAAAAUCCGUCACGCUGGAGCGAUGUUAUCACGACUUCGUGAACGCUACGGUAACAAGUCCUUUAUGGGCGAAGCGCACCUUUUCCAAGCACUGUUAAACCUCCGCAUCGGUCAGAACGAAUCUGCUCGCAAGUACUGCGACCGAUUCAAGAUGCAUAUGACGAUGUAA